GAGCGAGAGAGCGAGAGAGAGAGGGAGGAAGCGCGUGUGUAUGCCUGCUGCUGCUUGAUGCCCGCCGCCUGCCGCAUGACUCCUUUCAAUCCUGUCUUCUUUAUGUUCCUCUUCCUCGUCUUUCCUUUCAAGUAUCUCCACUUGUGUUUGAUAGUCAAGCCGUUAAUACAGGGCAGCGCGCCCGUGUCUUAGAUUCGUCCAUCUGCCAGAUCGUUGCACUGCUAUAUGGCUCCAGCAUCGCAAAACAAAGGAGGGGGCCGCGUCCAUGAUGGUCCGCCGUCUGUGAUUGUUGUUGGGGCUGGAGUCGCGGGUCUCGCAGCCGCGAGGGCCCUGCACAAGGCUUCGUUUAAGGUCACGGUUCUGGAAUCGCGUGGCCGGAUUGGAGGCCGAGUUCACACCGACUAUUCGUUCGGUUUCCCAGUUGAUAUGGGCGCGUCCUGGCUACACGGCGUGAGCGAAGACAAUCCUCUGGCGUCCGUGAUUGGGCGCUUGGGCUUGCCUCUUUACCGCACCAGCGGCGAUAAUUCUGUUCUCUAUGACCAUGACUUGGAAAGCUAUGCACUGUUUGAUAUGGACGGGGUCCAAGUUCCACCGGAGCUGGUCUUUCGAGUUGGCGAGUCGUUUGAAGCGCUUUUAGAGAUGACCAAAAAGAUUCGAGAAGAAUUCCCCGAGGACAUCUCUGUGUCCAAGGCAUUCUCGGUCGUGCUGGAAAGGCAUCCAGAAUUAAGACAAGAAGGCCUGGCCAAGAAAGUACUCGAGUGGUAUCUAUGUAGGCUAGAAGGCUGGUUUGGAGCGGACGCUGACCAGAUAUCUGUGCGAUGUUGGGACGAGGAGGAGCUGCUUGAAGGGGGCCACGGGCUCAUGGUCCGGGGGUAUUUCCCCGUCGUUCGACAUCUAGCGGAGGGUAUAGAUAUUCGGCUCAACCAUAGAGUCGUUCAAGUGAUUCGACAUAGUCAAGGAGUGAAGAUUGUUACCGAGGAUUCCCAAGUGUUUGAGGCGGACGCUGCAGUUGUGGCUGUUCCCGCGGGUGUUUUGAAGGCCAAAAUCAUCCGUUUCGAGCCGCGACUGCCGGCUUGGAAGGAAGAAGCUUUUGCCGGCCUUGGACUUGGCAAUGAGAACAAGAUUGCUUUGUGCUUUGACGUGGUGUUUUGGCCGAAUGUGGAGUUUCUGGGCGUGGUUGCUUCCACAACGUACGGCUGCAGCUACUUUUUGAAUCUGCACAAGCCAACGGGCCAUCCCGUCCUCGUGUACAUGCCCGCUGGCCGCCUCGCAGACGAUAUUGAGAAGCUGUCGGAUAUGGAAGCUGCGAGCUUUGCAUUCGGCCUGUUGCAGAAAAUCCUUCCAAAUGCCGCCAAACCUGUCAAGUUCCUGGUAUCACGCUGGGGGUCCGACAUCAAUUCUCUGGGUUGCUAUACCUACGAUAUGGUUGGGAAGCAACACGAGCUGUAUGAGCAGCUGCGGGCUCCCGUGGACACACUCUUCUUUGCCGGCGAAGCCACUAGCGCGAGCUUUCCUGGCACUGUGCACGGUGCCUUCGCCACUGGGGCACUCGCGGCGUCAGAGUGUCGCAAGGGCCUCGUUGAGCGCGGCAAGUGCCUGGAGCUCUUCCAACCUGCAAUGGCGGCCGAGGACAUGCGACCCUUGCAAAUCUCUCGCCUUUGAUUCUUCUCUCGUCUAUCAUUUGUAGUCGAGGCUGGACAAGCACAACGCAAAAGCCUACGGACACACACAUUGCUAUUGUUAAGGGAAUGUAGUUUAAUUCGCUUCAGGAGUUACCUGAAAUGCUGAUAUUGGAUAUCUGUAGUCCAUUGUGUAGAUAUUCUUGUCAACCUGGGUGCCGUGACAUUGUCAUGCUGCGCACCAAAAGAAAUUACAAUAAUAAAAGCACCUUUAUGAA